UCCUCACUGCAGGCGCCGUCCCGACCAGGCCCAGGGCAGCGGUGCCAAGAGGCCACAGGCUCCCCGUGGCACACGGAGAGGCACCCUGCCCCUGCUCCACCCACCAUGGGGUCUUCCUGCAAGGGACAGACAUUCACAGCCCUGCUGGUGGGGGCGGCCGUCUCAGGCCUCGUCACACUCAUCCUCAUCCUGGUGGAGACCAGCAGUGUCCUCCUGCCCGCAGGCGUCAAGUUUGGGGUCGUCUUCGACGCGGGGUCCUCGCACACGUCCCUCUUCGUGUAUCAGUGGCCGGCGGAGAAGGAGAACGACACAGGGGUGGUAAGCCAGGCCCUGGACUGCACGGUGGAAGGGCCCGGAAUCUCCUCCUAUGCAUCCGACCCUGCCCGGGCCGGGGAGAGCCUGCGGGGCUGCCUGGACCAGGCCCUGGCGCACAUCCCCAAGGCCCAGUGGCAGGGGACACCCGUGUUCUUGGGAGCCACAGCGGGCAUGAGGCUGCUGAGCCAGAAGAACAUCUCCCAGGCAACAGCCGUCUUUGAGGCCAUCAGCCAGGUGCUAGGCAGCUCCCCUCUAGACUUUUGGGGUGCCAGCCUCCUGGCUGGACAGGAUGAAGGCUCCUUAGGCUGGAUCACGACCAACUAUGUCCUGGAGAGUCUGGUCAAGUUCUCCUUCUCUGGGGAGUGGGUCCGACCCCAGGAGGGCACCCUCGUGGGUGCCCUGGACUUGGGUGGGGCCUCCACGCAGAUCACCUUCUUGCCGGAAGGGCCCAUCCAGGACAAGAGCACUGAGGUCACUUUCCGCCUCUACGGGUCCAACUACAGCGUGUACACCCAUAGUUACCUGUGCUUUGGACGGGACCAGAUCCUCAACAGACUCCUGGUCAACCUGUUCCAGCAGGGCAGCGCUGACCAGCAGAUCAAGCACCCGUGCUAUCCCAAAGGGUACCGUACCACGCAGGCCCCGGGCCCCCUGUACGAGUCCCCCUGCGUCCACAGCACAGCGCCUCCAGGCCUCGCCCAGAAUGUCACCGUGGAGGGCACCGGGACCCCUGGGGACUGUGUCGCUGCCCUGCGCCAGCUCUUUAACUUCUCCAGCUGCGAGCACCGGAAGGACUGCGCCUUUGAGGGGGUCUACCAGCCCCCCGUGCGCGGCCAAUUUUACGCCUUUUCCAGCUUCUUCUACACCUUCAAUUUUCUGAACCUGACGUCGGGGCAGCCGCUGACCACGGUCAACAGCACCAUCUGGGAGUUCUGCCAGAAGCCCUGGGAGCAGCUGGAGGCCAGCCACCCGGGGGACAAGCGCAGGCUGCACGACUACUGCGCCUCGGGCCUCUAUAUCCUCGUGCUCCUGCUGGACGGCUACGGCUUCACCGAGCAGACCUGGCCCAGCAUCUCGUUCCAUAAGCAGGUUGGUGGUACUGACAUUGGCUGGACACUCGGGUACAUGCUGAACCAGACCAACAGGAUCCCGACAGAGCUGCCGGCCCGCCGGCUCGCACAGCCACACGGCGUCUGGGUGGCCAGCGUGGUGUGGGCAGUGCUCACCCUGCUGGCCCUUCUCGGGGCAGCUGCAGUCCAGCUCCUCUGGCCCCGCGGCUGAGUCUCCUCUGCAGGGGGCAGUGCCCACACGGCCUGGACUGGCACGGCUGCGGUCUCAGUUGCUGCAGAGCCCUCAGGAGGGGCUGUGGGCAGCUGCCCAGAGGGGACAGCUCCUGGACACCACCCCCACUCUCGGUUAU